AUGACACACCAAACGCCACACCUUCUCACCAAGGGUGAACUGCGAAGAGUCGAAGAGUGCGCCAAAGAAAAUGGGACGUUUGCAGAGUGCUGGAACAGUGACCAAGUCGUCAUUGUAGGCUGCGAACCUGUAGGCGCGCAUGUCUCCGUCACGGAAACGCCGUUCAUGGAGCUGGACAUUCUUUCGCCAACUGCGAAUCCACUCUCGGGCUCCAAAUCCAGCAAGCAACACCCCACAAGGCAGUGCUGCAAGAAAAAGAUCAUCGUGCUGGAGAAGUCCAAGGUCAACAAGAGACUCCGACCGAAGCCAUGGCAUUACCGCUACGACUCCACUGAGGAGCUCUCACAUUACUACGACGACGCGAAAGAGAAGGUCAAAGAGAUUUUUUCCCAAUUGGCGGCUGAGUACGUAAUCUGCAUCGUUAGCCACGACAUGCAGGACUCUCUCAGUUCACUACAGAACUUCAAUAUUGAGCUGCCAUCGACAACAAUAUUCGUGGACCUUAUCAAAGUCUUGGAACAUCAAAGUCGACAUGAUGGUCAGGGCAUCCCUAAAGCUGUGAGAAAAUACACAGACGACAACAUCGCGAUUCGCAACCGCCGAUAUGAUCGACGACCUUGGCCUCUAGCAGGUCAAUACGGCAUGCCAAAUUAUGCCCUAGUCGAAGUGCUCGGGCCAGCUGCGGAGGGUUGUAAGCGAGAUAAGACUGAGAAGGAGGAUGCUGCUCUGAAAAGAAUCGCAAAACGAGCGGCUGUGGACAGCCUAAAUUCAGGCCACAGAAGACGGUCUUAA